UUUUAUUUGGGCCGAAUCUGUGACGUCACAUACACAAAAGUUACCGCUUGGAGGAAUAAAUAUUUCAUUGUCCAGACUUAAAAAUCGGAUUGUUACGUGAUGUGAAAAUUAACUGCAGUCCUAACUAUGGCAGACAGCAACGAAGCUGGAAGAAAAUUGAGAGCCAAGGAGAGGAAGACGUACACAGAUGAAGACCUCGACGAUGACGACAUCGAGGGAAAGAGGGCCUUUAACUUGGAGGAGAAACUCCAGUCCAAGAAAUACAACAAAAACUUUGUCAAGGUCAUGAAAGGUCAUGAACUCAAUAUGGGCUACCUACAGGCGAAUGGACUGGAAGCACCCAUUGUGAUGUAUGAUAAGACCGGACUGGGAAUGAGAGUGCCGAGUCAGAACUUCCGGGUAAAUGAUGUCAAACAGUGUGUCGGAAGUAGGCGUGUCCUUGAUGUGAUGGACGUGACGACACAGAAGGGAAAGGAGAUGAGUAUGCGGGAGUGGGUUCAGUAUUUUGAGAACCCCGAGCGGGAACGGCUGUUAAACGUUAUCAGUCUGGAGUUUAGUCACACAAAAUUAGAGAACUACGUGGAAUCGCCAACACUGGUGCGACAAGUAGACUGGGUGGACACUGUAUGGCCACAGUACCUUAAGGACUGUCAGACUGAGUCCACCAACAUUAUAGACAAGAUGAAGUAUCCAAAAGUACAAAAGUAUUGCCUGAUGAGUGUGAAGGGCUGUUUCACCGACUUCCAUAUUGAUUUCGGUGGUACAUCUGUAUGGUACCACAUCCUACACGGCCAGAAGGUGUUUUGGCUGAUACCCCCCACAGAGAAAAACAUUGACAGCUAUAUUACCUGGACAUUGUCAGGAAAACAAGGAGACUUCUUUUUGGCUGAUCAUGUCGAGGGCUGCCAGCGAAUAGAGCUCAACGAAGGCUAUACUUUCAUCAUCCCAUCAGGUUGGAUCCAUGCUGUAUAUACUCCUAAAGAUUCUCUAGUGUUUGGAGGUAAUUUUCUCCAUAGCUACAAUAUUGUAAACCAGCUGCGAGUGUCAGAGGUGGAGGAUAAGACUCACGUGCGUCAGAAGUUCCGGUACCCUUUCUAUGCAGAGAUAGCCUGGUAUGUUCUUGCUCAGUAUAUCAAAUGUGUUGCUGGAAAAGAAUAUCUGAGCCUCCGGAAACCUGCAGAGGAGAAGGAAUCAGAUGAUAUCACCAUGGAAACCUUCUCCAACGAUGAUGAUUCACGCCCACCGUCAAGGUGUUCUCAGGAAAACGGAUGUGUCGAUAUCAAACCACUGGACUUCAAGGAAGUUAUGGCUCCUGGCACUCCCAAAAUGGUCAAAAGUGUUACAAUAGAACUUACACGAAUUGACCAGUCACCAAUCAAACGAUCACAAAGUGAUGACGAGUGUGGCACACCUGGUAGACGACGAUCACCCAGAAAAUCCUCGUCGGACAGUUGUAGUUCUGCAGACACGGAAAUAUAUGAAAGACCGGAAGAAAUGGUUAUGGAUAAUUUUAAUGAUAUUGAAGUAGAAAAGGACAAGAAGGCUGACAAACCAGCAUUUAGUGGUAUUAGUAAGAUGGAGGUAGCCAGUACGGAUAUGAGUGAGAUGCCUGCAACAAGUGGCUCCAAGCCUGAGAAGUGGGUCCAUCUUACCAGGUGGGAAUUACAGGGACUACGUACAUUGAUCGAAUGGCUAGAAGGAUUAGCACCAUCCAAGAAAGGAGUUCCGAAAGAACUUUUGGAACCAGAUAUUCUUCUAGAAGAAGCAAAGCGAUUGUUGGUGGACCAUGCUGGAGAUAGCCCCACCCUAGCUGUCACUGGUGAACCUGUACUGUUCUGGCCACCCACCAAAAAGAAAAUCAAACCUAAGGUGAAGCUGUCUGGUCCUAAGAAGUCUGCAGGGAAGGGAAGUCCAUCAUCAGGUGUCCGUCGGCGCAGGACACGGUGUAAGAAAUGUGAGCCGUGCACAAGGACCGACUGUGGAGAAUGUAACUUCUGUAAGGAUAUGAAGAAAUAUGGCGGACCUGGCAGGAUGAAACAGUCUUGUAUCAGCAGACAGUGUCUGGCCCCCGUCAUUCCCCACGCUGCUGUGUGUAUGAUCUGUGGGAAGGAUGACCGCAUCAAGGAGUCGGAGAGUUCGGACGAGACCAUUACAACACUGAUGGAGUGUGGGAUAUGUUGGGAGAUCGUACACCCGCCCUGUAUCAGACAGAAGUUUGAAAAUCUGGACAACAACGGAAAGGUGAACGAGGACCUGCCAAACAGCUGGGAGUGUCCCAAGUGUUGUCAUGACGGCAAGCAGGGCCAGCUGAAGCCUAGAAUCUUCAAGGGUGUGGGGAAGACAGGUAAGGGAGGGGAGGCGGCCAUGUCAUGUGACUCCCCAGAGACCAACCACAUGAUCAAGAUCGAGGAUGAGGAUUCCUCUGAGGGCAAGAGAGUGACCUCACGUCAGACAAUGUCCCCGCUGGCCGACUACGCGGAUCACAAGCAUGAAGACAUGGAAAUGGACGAAGAAAACAUGGAAACAGAAGAAGAGGUCACAGCAAAGGGAGAUAAUUUCACAGAUGUAAAGAGAAAAAAGACAAUGAAAAAAACUAUAUCUCAGGGAAGUUUGAAAAAGGGCCGACGCCCUCUUAAAAAAGUGAAAUUGAGACGACUUUCAGGACAACAAAUCUCCCAGCGGCGACCUCUUCACUCUAUAAUGACCAAACGGAAAUCUUCUGGUCAAAUGAAAUCUCCUGUUCAGCUUAAACCUACUGGGAAACUAAAAUCUCCCGGACAGCUCAAGCUGAAGAAAUCUCCAGUCAAGAGGAAGCGAGACCAGUUGAUUGACAGCCUAAGCCCCCGGGAACAGCUUGUGGGUAACCCAGUUAUCACCCGGUCAGGCAGGACAGUGAAGAAGUCCCCUCAGCUCACAGAUGAAAACAUGUCGUCAGACAUGCCAAGGAAACGUGCUCGACGUGAGGGUCUGUCUACAUCUACCGGAUCACCAAAACAUGUCCAAAAGACGAGGCACUCCAGUCAGUCGCCUGGUGGUGUUGGUAGCGGUGGAAAACUCCGCCGAAGGCCUCCAAAUGCCUCUCCUGGGGGGUCGGGGGUUCAGGAUACCCCCGAGGUUGCGGGGCGCUCAAAAAAGUCGCCCCGAAAAAUGUUAGUGUACGCUGGUGAUAUUGCACAAAAUCAACAGGAAACUGUGUCCUCGACUCGACAAAUCAUUGGGGUAGGACCCGGAGUGAAAAAGAAGAAGCUGUCUGCGAAGGCUGCAGCAGGGGGUUCAGGUGCAGGAUAUUCGCCCUCCAGCUCACGUUCAUUAGCCCAACUUAGAACAGCCACGGCCGAUCCGACGGGCAGAAGUCCAGCGCAAGCCGGAAGAGGAAGCGCUGCACUUCUGCCUGGAAAAAGCAGUGCAUAUGAUUCUACACAAUUCAACUUGAAGGAGCCAAAACUUGUAUUAGAGCGGUAUGUGGUGAGACCGGCACCACCGUCUCCGCCACCAGAUCAUUUGGAACUGAAUACCGGACGCAAACAUGUCCUAAAGAGGAUGAUGUGGCUGAAAAUAUUUUCUUACCUGUCUGGUUAUGACCUUGUCCGCUGUAUGGGUGUUAAUAAGAUGUGGUACCGCUGGUGCCUACACCACACACUAUGGAGAUACAUAGACAUCAGUAAUAAGCGAGUCUUACAGACGCAUCUCAUUGGUAUCGUUAAAAGGCAGCCUUUCUCACUUAAACUCGAUUCUGUUACUAUGACACAGGCACAACUGUCAUGGCUACUCGCGCGCAUUCCACAACUAAAGGAGGUGUCACUGGCCUCGUGCUCUUGGGCCACCGUCAGUGCAUUGUGUUUAUCCUGUCCUCUUCUGGCAUCGCUCAAUCUGAACUGGGUGGCGGGCCUGUCUGAGGACGGCUUCCAAGACAUUAUUACCCCUCCUACAGAGAGAAUCCCCGGAAUGCAUGAUGUCAGCCGUCUGCAUUGCCUCAAGGUGCUGUGCUUGGCGGGCACUGGAAUAACCGAUUCGUCUCUAGCUUUGAUGGCGGAACAUUUGACGAGAAUGGAGAAUAUGGACCUCAGUUACUGCACCAAACUCUCUAACACAGGUAUGGAAGUGCUUCUGUCGCCACACUGGUCAAUUCACAAGACAAUCAGAAAGAUUGACGUCUCCGGUUGCCGACGAAUUACUGAGGCUGUCCUUGACCUCUUCUCCGCGUGCAACAAAUUGAAAAUGGUCAUUGCCAGAAACUGUACAGGUAUCUCAAAACACCAGUUUGUAAAAGCCUCGUCUUCGUCCAGCAUUACUUACAUCACGUGAUAUUUGACAUGUGUUGCAUUUUUGUGACAACCGUGAGCGACUCGUCACCAUCGACAUUAUUUGCAUCACGUGGUAUUCGACCUAUGAUGCGUUUCUGUGACAACAGUGCCCGACUCUUGAUGUCUUUUGUAGAAUCAUGCGUAACCGACCUGCCGUUUUACAAAGUGACAUGCUACACCAACAGCUGACAAACCAGUAGACUAUAUGACGGAUCAAAUUUUGUAGCACAUCAUAUUCAUACAUGAAUGGCCAUCGAUAACAUUGCAUAAAAUAUGUCGAAAAUUUGUCUGAAUGUGAUGACUGUUAUAUACUGAUGUAGGUAUCGUUAUCAAUCAAAUUUGAACACAGACCGAAUUGUAAAACCGUUGGCUUAGAUUUUGUCCGUGUACAUCCAAGUGCUGUACAAUGAAACACGUGGUGUACCCACUUUCAAAGUUCUAUAAUUUACUUGGGAUAUGAAAAGUUUGAAAAUGUUUCUAUGUUAUGGGUAAAAUCUAUGUCGAACUGAGAGCCACGCAUGCGCGUUCUCAUGUCAAUGUUGGAGUUCUGUACUGUUCAUUGGGUAUCGUACGCUAUGCAAGACUGAUGGUGAUUACCAAGCUAUCCCAGGGUUCCUUAGGCUACGCUCUUCUAGUGGCUGUAAGCGACUGGCAAACAAUAUUCAAGGUCAUAGCUACUGAUUUGGAAAGGUAAGAACACUGCACCUAUUUAUAGCAUUGGUGUUAAAAAUCAAUGUAAUUAAAGUAUACGCCAAAAUUUUAAAUAGAAAACGAUCAUUUUAACUAUGAAACUAAAAAAAAAUCAAAUUAAAAUAUUUAAAUAUUUUUGUUCACACGAUCUUGUCUUGUCAUGUCAUGCUCUUGAUCUAAGGUAUGCGGGGAAGCGGUGAUGUCACGAGAAGUCGCAUUGUUGUAUUGCUUACACUGUCGAUACAGUACGCUAAUGAUGGUCUUAGAAAAAUAAGCAAACUUACAUAUUGCAGGAGCCUCAACCAAUGAGAAGUGUUCUUGCGUUUCCGACAUUUCCCUCUUAAUUGAGCUCGUGGCUAUUAUACUUGUAGCUUCAGUGUUUCAACUUGGAGUGCAAUCAAACAGUGUCUGACCAGUGACCACCAGACAGGUCUCGUGAAAAUAUUUUCACCAGACCUGUCUGGUGGUACUUGGUAAGACACAGUAGGACAUAAAAGAAAUAUCCGUUUCGGUCUGGUGACCCUUUCAGAAGUUUCAUUAUUAGACUUAACAUAAGGAACCCUUGGCCUAGAAGAUAAUCUUGUGGGACUCUGGACUCAUCAGUAACACGAUUCAAAUCCAUGUGGAAAUAUUUGUUCCCAAACAUUUCCUGCAACCGUUUGAUGGUACUAUUAUUUAGUACAGCCUGCCAUGGUGUGACAUAGCCCGAGUUUCCUCUGGCCUACACCAGACAUGGUGUCAGGGCCAGAGGAAACUCGGGCUAGGUGUGACAGUGAUAGAUAUCUAUAUGUCGCCGAUAUGGUGGUCGUUCUUUGUUUUUAACCAUGUGAUAAUGUCUGUGACAGGUGAUAUUGAAGGAUAUAUGUUAACAUUAAUCGUUGCUAUAGAAUAUAAAUGUUUUUGAUGCAUGAUUUCAUAUGAACAAAUGUCAACCCGUUAAUCAUGUUUGUGCUGCGUGAUGAGUGUGGGUAUUCAGCUAAAACUGAUCGUAACCACAGGGACAUGUGAAUUCGGUAUAGUCUACUUGUAUUUGGACCGUUCCUAGUGUUUAUAUCACAUUUACAGACGUUUGGGGAGCUGGAUAACAAUUCGGUAAGAUUGACACCCCUAUAAUGUCAAUGUUAACCGCCCCCUCCCCCUUCAAAAAGAAUUUUAAAAAUAAAGUCGGG